AUGGCGAGUGAAAAAACUCAGGAAAAUGAGUACGACGAGCCGGUUGAGCCUUCUGUCACCUCGGCGGAUCCUAAUGAAAGAAAGUUGGCACGAAGACUUCGUAUUCAGAGACGUCUUGAAGCUUUAAAAAAGCAAGAAGGAUCGGAAGAGGAGGAGGUUAUCGAAAAGACUCCGACGGAAAAACAAAUUCUUGCAAGUGCAGAAAUCUUGGAAAAAUUGAUAUCGGAAGGAGAUGAAGUGAUUACAAAUGUAAGAGUAGCGAACGAUGCGAGAGAGGUGCAAAGACGAAAAGAUGAGGCAGCCCUUCGGAAAAAAUUGCUAAAUAAGUUAGAGGAGGUAGCCAGCGAUUGUUUAGGAAAAUACAAUGUGAUAAACAAGAAAUGGGAGGAAGUACUCGGUUUUGACGAUCCACUGAACAUCCACCAUGAAAUGCAAGCUCAAAAUGCCAAAUGUUUAGAAGUUCUUGCCGAAAAAGAUGCCGUUAUCGAUGAGCUGAAGAAGGAAUUGGAAAAUGCUGAUAUAAAGUUUGCUGCAGACCAAAGGAAACAAAUCGAUAACAUCAAUUUACUAAUUGAAAGAAUAGAUAGCCAAGUUAAUACAAUGGCCAAAGCCUACCGGCGAGAAUUAGCGCUUAUCGAGAAUGCUUUAGAAUCUGAGCGUACAAUUUUAUUGGAAACUGUUGCCAAAAAAUGGGAAGUCUUAUACAAGCAAAGAAAUGAGGAGGAACUCAGUGGCAUCGAAGAGCGGAAGGAAAUCAUGCGUGAAUACGAGAUUGAGAUGAAGAAAGUGAUGGAAGAUCACCAAGAGAAAUAUAGAGCUCAGAAAAUCUGGCUCGAGACAGAACAUCAGAAUCUUCAGCAAGAAGUUCAAAACAUGAAGGCUAUCUGCAUGAUGAAUGUUGAAAAAUUAGAUUACAGUUAUGCGGUUCUGAAGCGCCGAGAAGACGAGAACAUAAUUGUCAAGAACCAGCAAAAAAGAAGAAUCAAUAAGCUCCAAGAUGUAAUCAAUAGGUUAAAAAAGAAUUAUGCAGAUUUGGAAGAGAGCACCAAAUUAGACAUACAAAGGCUCACGGAGCAAGUCACAAAGGCGCAUAAGAAUAUUCUUGAAUUGGAGGAAAAAUCUGACCAUUUUACGAGUAUUAACGAGAGACAGUAUCUGAACAUUUGGGAUAUGAACGAAAAGAGCGCGAAGGAAUUGGUUGAUAAGAUCAUGACAGCGGACAAAAUUAUCUAUGAACAAACGUUGGGAUUAGAGUGGGAACCACCCGAGGAACCACUUUUAAGCAAGGAGGAUUUACCUUCGUAUUGCGCCGCAAUGUGCUCUUUACGGCAAAAAAGUUUUGAAAUCAAAGAGAAUAAAAAAGUGUGCGAGAAACAUAAGCCUGCGACGGAUUUGCAAGAAAUUAAUUUAGAAAGGCAAUUGCUUCGUCGCAUCAUAAUUCAGAUUUCUGACCGAUGUGGGUUUCUCAUUGAAGACAGAUUACGCGAGCUACUGGCACCUCAUUCGAGCAAGGAUAAGAUUGUUAUAAAAUUGGAUAACGUCUUUCAAGCACUGGGUAUAAAAUCUGAAGAUGAGGUGGACUUGCUUUUAAAUUUCUUUUUGCCGUAUUCAUAUUGCCCGAUAUGUACGGCCUCAGACCAGAGAAUGCCUUCGAUUUGUUCUGAAAGUGAAACAUUGGAAUCUUCAGAUGGGUCGAGUAGUGCGUCUAAAUCGGAUACUUCAAAUACGGACAGCAAUGCAAUCGAUUCUAUUUGCAACUAUCAAUCUGCAACAGGUACUGAAUCGAGGAAGCGACAAGUCUGUUGCGAUAAAGGCCACCUGCUAGAAAUUCAAGCACUCAGUGUGUCAAAAGCACUAAAAGAGUUUAUCGCAAGAUUUCAUACCGUCAAACGUGGACAGGUGCCACCAACUUUCCAGGCUAAAUUAACAAAUGAAAAGCUUACAAUAUCCCGAGCCCUCACCGUACAGGAUGUUACAGAGUUUUGGAGAAGAUACAGAGAUAUCUUCUCGUCGAAGAAAGAAAAACUCUGGGAUGGAUUAUUGAUAGGACUGCAUAAAUAUCAUGAAAUUUUAAAAGAGAGGCACAAACUAAACAUGGAAACGGAAUGUUUAAGGAAACAAAAUUCUGAGCUUCACCGACUGUUGGAGACGCACACGCUUAAACCUGGGGAAAUUUUACCAUCGUUGAAAAUAAGAUCAAUUAAUUCCGCAUGAGCAGUAUCACGCCAUCACAAAUUGUUCACCUUAAUUCAACAUUGUAAUUAUAAACGACUCAUAUAUCCCAUAAUUCAAUUAUUUAAUAAAUUUGUCAAUAAGAAUACAUAGUUGUGUUUUCCC